AUGGAUUUCGAAUACGAUCCGAUCAAGCCUCCCGCACGCUUUGACGACCCGAACCUGCCCUCUUGUACCGCUUAUGGGCCCGACUUGUAUGGAGAGCUGGUUGGUUACGAGAUGUUGGAGGUUGAGGUGGUAGCUCCUUGGUCCUUGGGAGAGCUGGGUUACACGAACGACGCGCAACACGUGCACACGGAUGGUCGCAUCGAAAGCCAGCAAUGCCUACCGGAUUACUACGCGUAUAGUUCGCAUACGGAUGCUUGGGAAGACGGUCUGCAGGAUAUUGAGAGUUUCGAUUGGCCGAGCGAUAAAACCAACGAGGUGAACGCUAGUGAGCUGUCAAACAAGAACCAGGGCGAGGAAGAGGUUGAUGUUACCACAGGCGCCGAUACUGAGUGCUUGCAUGACCAAGGUCAGGAUGCGGGCCUCAUCGAGCGCGAACCCCCAAAUCUCUCUGAGAAGGUAGAUUCGCCGACCACUCAACCCGAAACUCCUGUCAAAAAGCCGAGCAAAGCCCCACUGUCUGAUGGAACCGCAAUCGUUCCCACAGAAUCCAAGACGAGCGCGGAACAUACACACCCUACGUCGCCAGCCUCCAAGCUUAGCCCGGUACGCGAAAAGACAGCUUCGCAUGCGAACAUACUUCCACAUGUUACCGAGAAAGUAGAAUCUGGUCUGCCAGCGAUUGAUGAGAAGCAUGUCGAAGCCCCGGAUCUCAUGGAUAUCGACGACCUCACCAUCGUUGCUGAAACCGAGCGCUUGAACAUCGGCCCUCAGAUGCAAGAUGACGUGGCUGCCAAAGAGGAGCCUGUUGAAACUUACCCUAUACCAGUCCUCCAUGAUGCUGAAGGUAACAUGCUUUCCGAGUUGCAAUCUUGUUCUGGCUCAGAAGAUGAGAAGGCUGCGGAGGCAGCAACGAUCACCCUUGCACCGGCUUCUUCAAGACAUGACAGCCUCGCAGUGUACAAUUCAAACCCGGAAAACUCUUCACAGGUCGACACAGCUUCUAGAAAGCCACCGACGGGCGUAUCGAUGCAGCCAAAAUCGCACGUAACUUCAGUUGAAGUGCAACAGACGCCGCAUAAUCCGGGUGGUGAAUACGAUGAGGAAGCUAUUCAAAGUGCUUUGGAAGCAUUAAGUCGGAUCCAGACGCAGAAAGAUCGUUUGGAUAAUGAAGAGCAGCUCGAUGACGGCUCCGCGAUGCAGAUUGAACCUGCUACCGAACCUCUGCGAUUGCCGGCAGAAGCGCUACCUGAAGUGCGAGACUCUCCGACACACCAGAAAGCUGAUCAGGAGCCAAAAUUCAGGUCUGGGCUUACAAGUUCCGUUCUGCCAGAUUCUUCCAUUGUCAUUGAGCGUGACUCGCUAAGCCCAGAGUCGCUUGAAGCACUCUCGCGUGUGCAAGAGGAUGUCGAAGGGCCAUGGCAAGCGCAGUUGCGGGAUGCGGCCGCCGACUCACUGCCUAGCGUUCUCUCCGAGCCUUUGCCAUCAAAGAAUCGUGAUCAUAGCGAUCCAUCGAUUAGCAAACCUUCGGAGAUCGCAGCCGGAGAGGCAUCGGUACAAGCAAGUCCAUUAUUUGCGGGUCCGACGCCGGAGCUGCAGUUGGAAAGCAAUGUGGCCUUACCGCCCCUGCCGUUCCCAUCUGAAGACGAAGUACGUCAUGAGAAAUCACAAAUCUCGCCUGCUGAAGUGCCCGCGGAUGAAGAGAACGCAACUGCGGCGAAACUGGCUCAUAGGCUGUCCAAGCCUCCGGCCCCAUCCGACGUAGAGCCGAGUACUACGGUUGACGACAAAACCACUGUACCCGACGUCGAUGACAGUACCAGUGUGGUAGCGAUUCCCGAAGAAGAUCGGAUGGAAGAUGUAUCGUUUGCCCACAAUCUGGAUACUACCGAAGACCUUGGUUCUACAAGGGCAGUAUCUGAACCAGAAACUCAGUCCGUUCACUCCCACAAGCGAUCGAAAGCGUCCAAGAACACAGCGAGCGUUUCCGAAAGUGAUUCAGACGGUCCAGCCAAGAAAAAGCGGAAGGCUAAUGUCGCUUCCCUUGCUAAGGCACGUGCUAUCAAAGCUGCAAACAAGAAGCCUAGCAAAGCUCCCACAGACCAGGAAGAUGAAUCUACGCCACCGCCAGCUAAGGGCAGACGUGCUGCGGCCAAGUCGAAGAAAGAGGCUACUCAUGUGGAUACUACCAACGAAGAACCGACUCUAUCGACCAAACGUGGAGGUGCAUUGAAACAUACCGGGUCAUCUGCAAAAGCACCCAUCGUAGUUGAGUCUGAUGAUGCCAUCAUCAGUGCUCAAUCUGACCAGGGAGGCGACAGUGCCGACAUGGAAGAGCAUUACAGCGACGUCGAGAAGCCGGUCACACCUAGCAAGCAAACACCCGCCGCUGAGAUCGUCCUAGGUACUCCAAUGUCGAGACCGUCAGUUUCGAAACGUGAACUUCGGGACCUCACUCAGAUCCGGUACAGAGAGCACCCGUCAAAAGCAAAGCCUAUAUCACGCAAGCUAUUCCCAUCCCACAAGUCGAAUGCUUUAGGCGAACUCAUGUCGAGCAUGUCAGCUCCUGCAGACUCGCAAACUGUUCCAGUCAGUGACGCUGACUCUGUUGAUCUCUUUGGAGACUUGGGCGUCCCUGAUACCACUACCAAGGCACCCAAACGUCCUGCAUCAAAGCCUAGGGUUGCUCAAGCGAAAGCCGCACGGGCGAAGAAAACUCCCGCUACUCGUACUACAAGGAAACGCAAUACUUCGCCCAAGGAGGGGGAAAAGACCAAGUCUAAGGAACAGGAAGAGUAUGAGCUAUCGGUACUAUUCCCAGAACCGAAGAUUGAUACUAAAGGACCUAGCCCAGAAAUUGACGUGCCCACACCCCCGAGGCCCCUUAGAAGGACCACCAAGCAGAGCAUCUUGGACGAGCCUGAAGGCGACUAUGAUGCUCAUGAGGAGAAUGGCGACUCUAAACAUGGAGUUGAAGACGACGACGAUGAUUUCGAAGAUGCACGAGAAACCAUCGAAGCGUCUGCCGACGACAGCGAUGAAGUAGACAGCGACACACCCCCACCACCCAAGAAACUCAAGCUCAAGAACAAGCCUCUGAUACUCGGUGGCCAUACCAUCCGCCAAACCAGAUCUCGCGCCACCACCACCCCAGCUCGCAGUGUCGCCCCCAAAGCCGCAGCACACGCCAAGAACAAGUUUGGAUUUACGCCUCCACUGACACGACAGGCGAAGAAAGCUGCCAACGUCCCUACCGCACCUGCAACGGCUUUAGCUAAGCCUGCCCCAAAGGCUAAAGCGCCAGCAAAGUCCAAAGCGGCUCCCGAACCGGCUAAGCAGCCUUCUGUACGUAAAACGCGCCAAGCGUCUGCGAUGGAGGAGGAGGAUAAAGUCAAGUCCAAGAGGAAGCUCAGGAGUGGCGGUUGA